AUGGCACUAGGCAGAAUCGUGCAUUAUGCUGUAGACGCAGUACUAGUUUCAACUGUCGUCGCCGGCAUCCGGAGGUCGAGUGGAUUCGCCGUUGACACGACUCUGAUAUCAGACCCCACUAUGCGCUCAUUUGCUGAUCGUUUCCUCGGCGUCGGCGAAACCAUAUUCGACAUGGCCGCAGCUACGUCUGUUAAUAGCGAUUAUUUCAGGAAGGACUCAAGGAGAUAG